AUGGCGGUCAUCAACCAGAACAACCUGGUGCCUCCUGCGCCGCCGACUCAUCAUCCAGCUGCUCGACCAGGUGAGGCCCCUCGUGUGGUGCAAUCUGGCUCGCCACGCCCCAUGAACCCCGAGUACCUGGUUCAUCAGAUGGGUCGACUGAAUGUUCAGCCCGAGCGGCUGCUGGCGGCCACCCACCAAAGGCCAAAGGAGGCCACCACCCUUGAGGAGAUCGAUGCCCGCGCGCCAUUCUACUACCUGGGGUACACUUUCUUCAAGGCCGAUGCCCAGCCCGGGCACAAGUCCACCUGGAGCCAGGUCGGAAGGACGAAGAUGACCCUCAACCAGACCGAACUGUUCAAGUUGGUGCACAAGCGAACCAAGAAGACUCCCAUCGCUGAGCAAUACCAGUCCCUGUCCAAGGUCAAGCGUGUGCAUGUGGAUAAGUUGAUCAGUGAACUCCGGAAAAGCGACCCCCAUUUCGAAUGGACGUGCGUAUAUGUAAAGGAGGAAGAGAAACCAGUCAAGGGCAAGAAUUCCCGCCGCGGUGAUUAUGAGACACUCUCCAUGGAUGUCAUUAUCAUGAGGAAGGCUACAGAUCUCGUGUUCCCCAAGAUUUCUGUUGACGACCAUGUCGACGUGGAGACCUUUUCGAAGCCUAAGGACAGGGUGCCUACACACAUCCACAAUCAUCCAUCGGACCCUGGAUCCAAGCCGAUGCCUCGGAACAUGCAACCCAGUGAGCCAUUGGUCGGACCUACUAUCCAUCAGGGGCCCAUGCCACCGACCAUCAAUAACGUCCAGCAGCCACCGCCCGUCAGGUUCCAUCCCCCACCUAUCCAACCCCCUCAGGGAUAUCCGGGGUCAAGACCACAUAUGGCCCAGGGGCCUUGGCCAUGGAUGCACGGGAUGCCAGCCGGCAUGCACCCGCACCACCUGCCAUCUGGAAUGCCUGCUACUACAAUGCAUAGUUCUGCAGUCCCUAUGUCGGCAAUCCCUCGCCCUGCGAUGGCCAGUUCUGCAAUCCCUCGUCCUGCGAUGUCUGGUCCUGCGAUGUCUGGCAAUGCUCCACACAUGGAGACAAAGAUCAAUGGGGUUCGGGGAUUCCCCAUUGCGCCUGGCGUGCAGCAUCAGAGGCACGUAUUUGAUCCACGCCCCAAUCCGCCACACCAACCAGAGACCCAUCCUGUGGGCAGACCAAAUGCCUCAGCCGCCGUGGAGGACAAGCCCGAGACCGUCAGGCCCGUGACUCCAGCAGCCGAGCCCGAGGUGGAGUUGGGAGUAGAGUCUAGCAGCGUGGGAGAUGACGAGUCAGUGUUCGACUUCGACGAUGAGAGCUCCGUAACCGACAGCUCCGAUGAUGAACUCGAGCUGCAUGAUAAACCCCAGCCGUGGCGAGGCAGUCUGUAUCGUCGACACUCGACCCCGAGGACCAAGCCAUACCGCACCCACUAUCGAAAGCAGCCCCAGAGGAAUGGUUCCGACAAUAAGUCCGGCCGUUCUGGAUAUCCCACUGGCUGCAUCGAUGUGGUGCCUGCCGACAGUAAGCAUGUCGACCCCCGGACCGACAGUGGCCCCGGUCCGGAUGUUUCACGGCCGGCCCGGGACCGGCCCAAGAUCAUCCAUGCGCCUGUCAGUGCCGACGACCUGGAUUUGGAGCUUCUGGACGAGAGAAACGAGCGAUUUCGAUGGGGGCGGGCGAGGAACGAUAUUCGGACGCAACUCCUGGACGACCGGGAGGCCCAACUGGAGCUCCGCGAACAGAUGGUGGAAAUUCAGGCCCGCAUGCUGGAGCAGAAAGAACGGCUUAAUGAGGCACGUUACCUGGGUCGACGCUUGUCCCUGCGCGAGCCGGGGCCAUUCUAUGCGCCUCGAUCACGCUAUAUGCCCGAGGAUCUCCAGUGA